CUCCCUUCAGUCAGCCCUCGUGUCGGAUCUUGUGGCGUUGGAAAAUUGGUCUCUGGAUGCUGAUAUUGUUAUAUUAGACCUAAGUUCACUCGCACUUUCCAGCGUUUCAUUCGAACUAGCGAUACCUAUCUCUUCCGAGCUCGCACGAGAAGAAAGCUUCUGUAGUUCGACAUGGCAAGCUCCGAAUGCUGUGAAAACCCCCCUGUCCUGAACUCAUCCUCUGGCGAUGGCAGCGUCGUGGAAAGCAUUGGAGGUCUCAAGGCUUACGUCGCCGGCUCCCCCGAUUCCAAGGCCGCCAUUCUUCUCGUCGCCGAUGUCUUCGGUUAUGAAGCACCGAAUUUGAGGAAGCUUGCAGAUAAAACUGCUGCUGCAGGAUUCUAUGUAGUGGUUCCUGAUUUCUUCCAUGAGGAUCCUUAUGUUCCAGAUACUAUUCCUGUAAAAACCUGGCUUGGAAAUCAUGGCACGGACAAAGGGUUUGAGGAAGCAAAGCCUGUUGUUGAAGCCGUGAAAAGCAAAGGUUUUUCUGCAAUUGGAGCUGCUGGAUUUUGCUGGGGAGCUAAGGUAGUCGCUGAACUAGCGAAAUCUGGUGUAAUUAAAGCUGGAGUAAUGUUGCAUCCUUCUGCUGUCACUGUAGAUGAUAUUAAAGCAAUUAAAGCUCAUCUUGCUAUCCUUGGGGCUGAGAUAGACAAAACUUCUCCACCAGAACUAGUGAAACAGUUCGAAGAGGUACUGUCCACCAAUUCUGAGGUGGAUAGCUUUGUGAAGAUAUUUCCUGGGGUUGCGCAUGGAUGGACUGUGCGUUAUGAUGUUAAGGAUGAAGAAGCUGUGAGUAAAGCUGAAGAAGCUCACAAAGAUAUGAUUGGUUGGUUUGUCAAGCAUCUUAAAUAGGAAGCCAUUUUACUGUCGUGCAAAUGAACCUUUCUCUUAGGUCCUUGUAAUUGUUGGCUCUGCAGUAUUUUGAACUCUAUAUUGCCUGCUUGUAGGCUUUAAUAAAGUUGAAAAACUAACUUUUUGGCUUGAGGUACAGAGACUCCCUGAGAUUGAGUGGGGGCGGCUUCUGUUCCUGCUAGCCCAGCUGAAUCGAUAUAUUGGGGAAAGUUGCAGAAAAAAUAAGGGUCCAACUCGAAUCAGGUCAGUUUUUAAUGCUUCUUGCACUAAACAAAAUUUUAAGGAAUUUAUAAGUUGCAUUGAAAUGAGUUCAUUUAUA